ACGAGCAGAGAGGGUUUCAGUUCAUGAUGUUGUAGUUCGGUUAAAUGAGUAACACUUCUUAUCGCUGCGUGUCUGUUCGUCACUUUUUUUUAUUUAACUUUUUAUAAAGUUGUUCAUAAAUUGAGCGUAAGCUUGCCCCGUUAACUCAUGACUAGCUUUUAGCAAAUAGCUAAACUAGCAUUAGCUAGCACACGGCAACGGCUGCUGAAGGCUAUAGAUUAGAUAGAUACUUCAUUAUUAUUAUUAUUAUUCAUCUAUCAAUUACGAUGGACGACCAAGAGAAGAGGCAAACGAACCGGCUUGACCCAUCUGUGGACAGCCACAGACCAGCAUCUGGAAAAUCACAGGACAUUUCUCAUGUAUUGGCGAGCAUUUUCAAGGACCUUUACUCAAAGGACAUCAUUGGAAAAGACACUUUGUCUAAUCUGGUCAAGACAAAGAAUGGACGAAGCAGCUAUCAUGACAAAUAUGUUGAGGAGCUUCAACAGGCUCACCGUGAAUAUGACCAGCGUAUGAAAGAGGCAGACAUGCUGGAGAGUCACAUCAUUCAGGCCAGAGCCCGAGCUGCAGCCAUAGAAAACCAGGCCUAUGAGAAAAUUAAGGAGAAGAUUGGAGAUGUUCCUGAGCACCAGAACCUGCUAACAGUCAAAUCAGCCUUUCCAUGCUGUGUCGACGGGGAUCUUCUGCAAAAGAACAACCUGAUAUCCCCCCAGGACUACUUACCCACACAAAAACCACAAGUACGAGCCCCAACACCAGUUAAAUCAAAUCCGGCCAAACCCACCAUCAGCUACACCAUGCACGUGUCCCGGGAGCCUCAAGAUGAUGGUUAUACACUGAUUCCCAGCCCAGAAAGAACUGUCUUAGAAAUGAAUGACUUAGAUUGCAGCCUGACCUUUGAAUCCAGCUCAGAUAUGCCGAAGCAGAAAAAAAUGACCAGCGAGAAGCCAAACCAGGCCAAACCGAGACCAAAGUGGAAAGACGAGCCGAGCGCCAAGGAUCGAGCAGAGGCGCUGGAGAAGCUUCAGAAGCUGAAAGAUAGACACAGCUUCCUACGCAACCCACGCUUCCUUCCGCCGAGUGCACAGCGGGGUGGCACGUCCCUCAUACGGCCCAGAACCAAAGGGAAGGCAGGGCGUGAGACGACAGGCCCUGAGGAACAAAGCCGCAGUGAUGAUGAGCCUGUCCCAGUCUUCCUAGCAAAUCCUUCGGUGGUGGUUUUUACCGACUACAGCGUGGGGCAUGUGUAUGAGACUACACUGGAAUUAAAAAACUUGACUUCCUCAAGCCGCCAUGUCAGAGUCAUCCCUCCUACCACUCCUUACUUCUCCAUUGGUCUGGGGAGAUUCCCUGGUGACGGUGGCAUUGUUGCCCCCGGGAUGAGCUGUAAGUACACGCUGCGUUUUGCUCCGGACUCUUUGGCCGACUACAAGGAUUUUAUAGUGGUUGAGACUCAGGCUGAGGACCUGCUCGUGGUGCCCAUUGAAGCAUGGCGACCUCCUCCUAUACUUACCUUACCAAGGGUUCUGGACUGCGGCUACUGCCUGAUUGGAGGCGUUAAGUUCGUUGAGUUCCUGUGCCAAAACGUUGGUCUCAGCUCCGGGACCUUUUGCGUCAUCCCCAAGAACCAGUGGCCAGCCUCAAACCUUAGGUCUGUGGCCAGAACGUAUUUUUGUGAUCAGCCACCCUUCGCGGUCAGUCCCUCCCUGUUUGUGUUGCAGCCAGGAGAAGCCACUGUAGUGGAGGUGGUUUUCUUUCCCACCACUGCAGAGAAGAGCUGUCAGGUUUUCACUGUUGUCUGUGACAACUGCCAGGUGAAGGACGUUUCCAUUAAAGGUGAGGGCCAGCUGAUCGCACUUGAGCUCGUGUCCGUUUCUGGGGGGGAGGAAGAGGAGGAGGAGGAGCUUCCUGCGGUUGGAGAGGUGCACGACCUCACUGCAGAGCACUUUGUCCGCUUCAGCCCGUGCAAUCCUCACUCUGUGCAACAGAAGAAGCUGGUCGUCAGAAACAAUGUCCACUUGGAGUUGCCUUUCCACUGGCAGAUCAUGAAGCCAAACCUGCACGCUCUGCUUCCAGGAGAAACGCACGAAUCUUCCCACGUCCACUUCCACCUGGCGACGGAUGACGUUUUCCACGUCAGCCCCACAGCCGGCCUCCUGGCUCCCUGCCAGGACCAAGAGUUUCUGUUCACCUUCUCUCCUAAAGAGUUGAAGGAUUACCACAGCGUCUGCCACUUAGUCCUGAGAGACAUCCCCGAGCUGCCGCCACCAGUUCCCAGUGACACCAGUGUCCUCCAGCCUGUGCAGACUGGCUCCAAAGUGAGCAGUGUCAUCAUCAUGGAGAUAGAGGUUAAAGGGUCAGCGGAGCCGCACCAGAUCCUGUUGGAGCCCUACGCCGUCGUAAUCCCCGGAGAGAUUUUUAUCCGCGCAGCCGCUCGCAGGCCGUUCAAGAUGUGGAACCACAGCAAGACUUUCAUCUCGUUUCAAUGGGAGAGGAGGAACAGCGGCUGCCACACAAUGGAAGUGGAGCCGCCUGCUGGCAGAAUAGAGGAGAACGAGUGUCUGGAUUUUGAUGUCGUGGUGACUGGAGGGAAACCGGAGAAGCUCGUCACCAGUUUGCUUUGUCACAUACAACACUGCCACGAGCCCGUCACUUUGACAGUGGAAGUCUCCUUCAAAGGUCCUAUAGUAACAGUCAGUGCCCCCUUUGUGGAUUUUGGACUCAUGAGACUUGGGGAGCAGACUCAGACCACCCUGCUACUCACCAACACCACCCAGCUAGAAGCCUCCUGGAUGCUGGAGGAAAGAUUUAAUAAUCAGCAGGACCCCAAAGACACACAGAUCCUUGUGGAGCCGUGCAGAGGUGUGCUGCCCCCCUUGGCUUCUUGCAGUGUUGACGUGCUCUUUAGGCCACAUUCCUGCCAGCGAUUUGAAACCGAGCUGGAGCUGACCCUAGAGAAUGGGACAGGAUGUCACCUGUCGAUACGAGCAGACGUGCAGUCUCCUCAGGUGUGUCUGCUAAACUGUAAGCUGGUCUUCUCUGAGCUUUACGUCGGAGUUCCCACCACGGGCACCGUGACCCUCUUCAACCAGACUCUGCUGCCGGCACAGUUCAGCUGGAUGGCCGAGCUCCAGGGUAAACAAGCUUCGCAGUGCACGGCCAGUUUUGAGCCCUCGUCUGGAGCUCUGGGACCUAAUGCCAGCGCCGACAUCACCGUUCAUUUUACUCCGCACACGGAUCUGGAGCUGACUGAAGUGGGCGCUCUCUGUGAGGUUGAGGGUAUGAAAACCCCUCUUGUCGUCGGGAUUGUCGGUUCCAAACCUAAGAAACUUAGCGUGUCCUACUCUCUGCCCAGUAUCUGUUCCCCCCGAGAUGACCGAACCCCCUCAACACUGGUGCUUGACUUUGGAGAUGUCACUUUGAAGCGAGCCAGCACCAAGCAGUUUCUCAUAACCAAUGAAACUGCUAUCCCUGCCCCUUUUAAAGUAGAGGCAGAGUACUUCUCCUGCCAUGCCCCAAAGCCAAAUAACCAGUCAAAGGAAAGGUCCACGUACGUCAAGACUCCGCUCCACUCUGUUCAAGCUAAGAGAGCUGAAGAAAAAGCCCACGAGGGUACGCCUUCCCUUCUAAUCUAUGCUUUUAAAGUUACGCACGUUCGCCUGGUUGUGACCGCUUCUUUAUUUCUUUGUCUGUUGUCAGAGUUUGUUAGUAGCCUGCUGGCUCAUGGAAAAGGCGCAGCUUUCUUUGUCCUGCCAGACGCAGGGACGCUGGGACCGUUUGAGACUCAGACUGUGGACGUGACCGCCUACACAGACAUGUGGGGGGAGUACAGAGAUCGCCUCAUAUGCAAAGUAGGAGAAGUCGAACCGAGACUCAUACCCAUGCAGAUGACGGUGAAAGGAUGUCCGCUCUACUUCCAGAUGACUGGCCCUCGACCAGAUGACCAGAACCAAGGACCAAUCAUACAGUUUGGGACUCACGUAUCUGGAGGUGACACAGUGUCUCGUUCUCUUCGCAUCAACAAUCCCACCAUGUUUGAUAUUCGCAUGGACUGGGAGACUUACAACGUGGAUCCGAACGACCGUAAGCUGGUGGACCUUGUGGUGGCGUACGGAGACGCGUUUCCCCCUAAGGAUGCUGACGGCAAUGAGGUGCUGAGCGGAGCGUCAAGGCUUUCCGAUGGAAACAUUCAAACAUCGUGGGCAAAGACUCGCACGUCAGCCUCCGAGCGAACGAGCACGUCUCUCCAAAGCGUGACGGAUGUGGAAGAGGAAGACUCUACCUCAGAGGAUGGGCACGAGGAGGAAGAGGAAACUUCUCUUUCGAAAAAAAAAAUAAUCUCUGCCUACAUCAGGCCGCACAUGGGCAACCUCUCAGAUUACCCCUACUGCAUCACACCACAACAGAUAGUGAUUCCAGCAAAGAGCAGCGGAACUAUCCAUGUCUCUUUCACCCCUUUGACUCUGUCUGGGUCAGAUCGCGAGUCCAGAUGUGUAGGCUUUGCCCUGGGUUUCAUGAGCCUAGACUCCAAGUUGGCUGCCUUUGUCCCGGGUAAAGUUGGAAGGACUCAGGGUUUGGAUUUAGAGCCUGUCAGGAUGGAUCUACUAGCAGCCGUGAAGCCCGCAGUGCUGUUAGUGCAGAUGGAGGAGGACGACGGGGUGCUGGAGUUUCAUGCCUCGGUCGGUGAUUUACUGAAGGCAGAGUCGGACGGGGAGCCAGUAGUGCAGGAGUUUGACAUCACACAGACUUUCCAGCUGAAGAACACAUCAGAGAUGUCUCUGCACUUCAAACUGGGAACUCAGCCUCCUUUUUUAGUGCUCAAACCGCAGCCUAGGACGCAUAGCAACAGCACAUCCAGCAACCCUCCCACCGGGGACAACCACUGUCUAGUGCUUCAGCCUCAACACUGCAUGCGGGUGAAAGUGGCCUUCCACUGUUCUCAGCAGCUUCUGGACCACGUGGAGCAGACAGAUGAGGAAUCCUCUCCUAGGGUGAAGCUGGUACACAGUGCAAGAGGACAGAAGAAGCUGCGGAUCCAGCAGAACCUCCUGAUCCACUACAGCAACAACAGCCUGCAGACUGUGCCUCUUCGUGCUGAUGUGCUUCUCUCUACACUGCGUCUGUCCGCUGACAACCUCGACUUUGGGUUCUGCUACGUUGGACAGACGCACACCAGAGAAGUCAUCCUCAACUGCAGCGGAGCCCACACGUACUGGAGAUUGCUCACAAAGUCAGGUGAAGACGACUCCCGCGUGUUCAGAGUCACACCUGAUUUUGGGCUACUCAGGUCCAAAGGGCCCCACGUCCCCGGCUGCAGCCAGUGCCUCCAGAUCAGCUUCACUCCCAGCGAGGACAGAGAGUACAGUGACGUGGUGGUGGUCCAGUCUCCUGUGGUGAAGACGCCCCUCACGCUGCAGCUCCGGGGAACAGGAUCCUUUGAUGAGUUGUACAGCCCAAGCUCCACAUCCUAAUAACAUCUACAAACCACCUAGUUUGUUGUUAGUUUCUAAGAAUGUAAAUAAAUAUGGACUCUCUUUUUAUAGUC